ACCACAUGAGAUCGUCCAUUUAACAUUCGUAAUUCGUAUUAUAUACCUACAGUUAGUAAACAUACAAAUUUUUUAAAAACAUCCAUUCAGAUUGUUGUUAAAAAGAUGUUAUUUGAAAUUAUGCUAUGUUAUAUUUGAAAUAGUACUAUAUAUAAUUAAUUACGCUUAGUUUGAACAACUAAUUUUUCAAAAAAAACCAAAAUGGGCGAUCUUCCUGAAGAGUUCUUUAAGUCGUUUCGGACACAUGCUAUCCAUCCAACCAUGAAUGACAUUGAUUUUGUAAAAUCACUUCCGUUUAACCUUGACAGAGGCCCAUAUAUAUCUGAAGAACACUAUUUAGACACACAGUUUCAAUUGUUGCGCGAAGACUUGAUUUAUCCAUUAAGAAAAGCAAUACAUAACUACCGUAAGAAUAAAAACAUGGAAAGUUCACAUUUAGUUAUAAAUAGUGUUUACUUCGAUGGAUCUAGAGAAUUUAUUGGAAACAAAUUAGGCUUUGUUUUUAAAUUCGAUCCAAGCCAUUAUAAUAUGAAUUUAUUUGUUAAUGGCUUUUUGUUAUUAUUCUCUAAAGAUAAUUUCAAGACAUUUUUUACUGGUCUUGUAUUAAAAGAUGAUAAAGAAUACCUCAAACUUGGUAUUUUACACGUUGAAAUGUUAUGUGAAGUAGAAAUUAGACCGAACACUACAUUAUCGAUGGGUCAGUUUGAACAAUUUUAUGUACCUUAUAACUGGACGUUAAAAGGAAUCCAGCAGAUGGAUGCAGAACGAUUUCCGUUGAAGAAAUAUAUUAUAUACGCAUCAAAGGCACCUUCUGUUCCUGAUUAUUUAAACGAUCCUACUUUUCAAAUUUAUGACAUUGAUGAUUAUAGAUUUAAUAUACUUAAUAAUGAAGAAUGGCCAACGGAAGUAUAUUUACAACAAGAAAGUAAUCAAUUUGGGGCUUUUAAGGCAGCUCUAACAGAAAAACUAGCUUUAAUUAGAGGUGUGUCGGGUACAGGUAAAACCUUUAUUGGUCAAAGAAUUGUUAAGACUUUACUCGAAAACUUGUACGUCACUGGUCGUUUAAAAAAUCCUAUAGCAAUUAUUUGUAAUAAUAAUCAUACGCUGGAUCAUUUUUUAGAAGGAAUAUUGAAAUUAACAGACAAACUCAUUAGAAUUGGAAGUCAAUCUAAAUGUGAUAAUUUGAAAAAAUAUAGCCUAAAAGAAAUCGUUAAACUUCAUAAACUUAAUAUCGAUGAAGAUUUAGAAAUCGCUAUUAAAAUAAAAGAACAAGCAAUUUUAGACUAUUAUAAAAAAUGUGAUCAACUGUACACCGGCAUCUUGGAUUGGAAUGUUUUAAAAUUAGUCGUACCUGAAGUAUCGAAUUCUAUAUUUGGAGAUUCUUGGGAUUUUCUUAACUGGUUGUUUCAUCCGUUUUCAGUUGACACAAUGUUAAAAAAUAGUAAACUCCAAGAAGGACACAACGAUCAACAUUGUCUCAAAUCUAGCGAUAUAAAAAUAUAUUUGUCAGAACUAACCGAUCAAGUAACCGAAGGUAGCGAAUAUCAUUCUUUCAAAAUACAACAGCAUUUGUCAAUAUUAAAAAAAUUUCUAGAGCAUUUUGAAUCCAUGUUAGCGUAUGAUCACUCUCAGGUGAAAAAUGAUUCGAUAACUGUCGACGAUUUGCAUUUAGUACCAGCCAACCAGAGAUGGGAUCUGUACUACAAAUGGGUACACAGGAUUGUGAAAAAUUACAAAGAAAUUAUAAAUCCAAUCUGGUGUGAAUAUGUUGAACUGUACAAACAACUUGAUGAGAAUAGGCUUAAACAAACUUUAGAUUUAUUCAAUGGAACUCAUGUCAUUGGAUUAACUACGACCGGAGCAGUAAAAAAUAAAGAUCUAUUAGAAAGAUUAAAACCACCAAUUGUUAUUAUAGAAGAAGGAGCUGAAACUCUUGAACCGUAUGUAGUUUCUUCUUUAACUGAACAUGUACAACAUUUAAUUUUAAUUGGUGAUCUGAAACCAGAACGUCCCAAAAUAUCGUCUUACAAUCUGGCGAAAGUACACAAUUUCAAUCAAACCUUAAUGGAAAGAUUAAUAAAUAACGGAUUACCGUUAAAUAAGUUAACUAAACAAUUCAGAUUGCGGCCUGAAAUAAUGUCAUUAAUAUUACCAUGUAUUACUUAUAGUUUAGAAUGCAGUGAAAUAACUAAAAAUUUACCAAAUAUAAUUGGUAUUACCAAAAAUGUUUAUUUCAUCGAGCACAAAGUUGUCGAGGAAUCAGAUGUUGGUAAUCAUACAAACAUGCAUGAGGCUAAAUUUUUAAUCGGUGUUGCCCGAUAUCUUACCCUACAAAAUUAUAAAUCUGAAGAUAUACUGAUUUUGACCACUCAUAAAAAUCAAAUACAUCAAAUCGUUAAGCAAAAGGAAGAAUCUUUGCUUUUAAAAUAUGUAAAUGUCUCGGCAGUAGACAGUUGUCCAGUAAACGAAUGUGAAAUUGUAUUGUUGUCGACGGUAUAUAGUCAAGAAGAUUGUUUUUGGAAAAAUGAAAAUAGAAUCUGUACGGCGUUGUCUAAAGCCAAAAGCGGAUUAUACAUCAUAGGAAAUAUAGAAAAUCUUAUUAGCCAAAGCGAUCUUUGGAAUAAAAUUUAUACUUCACUACUCAACCAAAAAUGUUAUGGAAGUGAUUUGACUUUGGAAUGUUCGGUUCAUAAAGGAACAUUUUCAAAAGUUUUUAAAUCUGAAGACUUUGUGACAAGGAAGUGUCCACGUCCGUGUUUACAGCAGUUGAAAUGCGGUCAUUAUUGUCAAAGUGUUUGUCACACUCGCGAUCGAGAUCAUACUUAUGUGUUCAAAUGCAAACAUAUAAACUGCAGAUCUUCAAAAUCUUUAAUUAGAUACCCUUUGAGGGAUAUAUUUCUUUUGCUUUGGGAGUAUACUAAAAAUAUUUUAUACGAAGUCAUCAAUCAACCUAUUUAAAAUGUAUGCAUUUUUUUUCACUUGGCUUAGGUGUAAAAUUUAAUUAACGGAUAUAAAUAUUGUAGUCUGGUUAAAGCGAUAUAAUUAUUGUACAUCGGUAAUGUUAAUCGGACACAUGUAAAAAACUAGUCAUUUUGUGCAUUAGACUCGAUUUUAAAUAAAUGUUCCUGCAUUCAAUUAGUUUUA